UCACACAAGUGUCGUACACUUCCUUUUCUUUUAAGUGCGGUUGGAUCGCGGGCGUAGAUGGGGCGUAGCUUCUUUCCGCAUAAAUGGGACGGAGUGCUUGACAUGUUCAGUCAGUUGCAGCGACAAGCUGCGAAACGUCGGUGCAGCAAGCCGCCGGGUGCGAGAGAAAAGCGAUGUCGAUGACUUCCUGGAAGAGGACGCCAAAUGGGAUCCGCCGCUUGAUGUCCUCCGGAAAUGAUACGGCGGGUAUCAUUGUCAUUGGCGACGAAAUUCUGCGCGGCGACAUAAGCGACUCGAACGUGCAUCACAUCUGCUCGCGGCUGCGUGCUGUGGGCAUCCGUGUGGAGCGGGUGUCCAUCAUUCCCGACGUCGUGCCCGUAAUCACCGAGGAAGUGCGCAAGUUCUCCGCCUCUUACAGCUACGUAUUCACAUCGGGAGGCGUGGGGCCGACGCAUGACGACGUCACGUACGAGAGUGUUGCCAAAGCGUUCGACGAAGACGUUUUCGUGCAUCCCGAGGUGCUCGCAUCUUACCAGACAUUGUACGGUCCCAGGUCUGAAGCCGAAAUAGCGAUCAGCAAAUUCGCGACCAUUCCACGUUCUUCGAGAAUACUCUUCGGUGACAUACAGCGGCCUAAUAGGGUACUGCGCUUGCCCUUGGUGUGCGCCAAGAACGUAUACAUGCUUCCCGGUGUGCCUCUGGCGCUUGAGGCUCUGUUUCCACUGUUCCUCAAGGAUUGCGAGGACAAAGGCCAUAAGAUCAUGUAUCUUACAGAGCUGUUCAUUAAGUCUGACGAGCUAAGCAUAACAGCUUCUUUGAACAAGGCUGUGGAACGGUUCAAGGACAAGGUGAAGUUUGGAUCCUACCCGACGUUGGACAGUAACUACUACCGCGUGCGCCUUGCUAUCGAAGGCGAGAAGGAGGAAGACGUGGCCGAAGCGAAAAAGUUUCUCCUAGACAACCUGCCAGAUGACUCGGUGACUCAGUUCGACCGUGAUCCUUUGAACAAUGCUUGGCAGAAACUGAGUACUUUGGCGGAGCGGAAGCCACACAUUGCAGCAGCACUAAAAGUUAUCGAGGAGGCCCUCGCGAAGUACACGUUGGAGGGAAUAUGCGUGGGGUUCAGUGGUGGAAAAGAUUGCACUGUUAUUCUUCACAUGCUAUACUCUCUGCUUCAGAAGCAACUGAAGCCCAGUGAAACAGUGCUGCCGAAAAUCCAGUGCCUCUUUGUGCACAGUGAGCAACUGUGGCCUGAAACAAUAUCAUUUAUUCAGAACAGUGCAAAACUUUACAACUGCGAACUAACAACCAUAUCUGAAGGUAGCUACAAGGUUGCUUUGCAGCAGUACCUAACCUCAAAACCCGGUGUCAAGGCUUUCCUUCUAGGCAACCGAUCCACAGACCCGGGCGGUGCCAAGCUCAAGUCCUUCAUUCCAACGGAUGAAGGGUGGCCUCAGGUGAUGCGUGUCUUCCCUGUGCUGGACUGGUCAUACAAGGAUGUCUGGGACUUCAUACGUGACCUCAGUAUUCCUUACUGUUCACUCUAUGACCAAGGGUACUCGUCAAUUGGAGAGAACGAGGAGCCUAAUCAAGUACUAAUGUACUUCGACAGCCGAGGUGCCAAGCGGUUCAAGCCAGCAUACAUGCUGGAAGAUGCGAAGCUAGAGCGCUGUGGCAGGAAGUGAUUUUCAAGAAGGUGCACUACAUAUUGGGGAGGAGCUCUGUUGGUGAACUGGACUUUUCAUGAUCUUAUAUGGCAUUAUUGUAUGAAAUUAGGUGUGCCUUACAACUGCACCACUCAUUUAGGAUAUCUUUAUGCAUGUGGUGGACAUAGUGUACUAAAAUGUAGGAUAUUUACAUAUGUUAAUUGUUAUUGUUCUUAAACUUCUUGUCCGCCCAUUUCUUUCAUGAGUUAUUCAGCAACACACAGGAUCUGUGCAGAAUGACCUUUCUGAAUGUUGUCUUGUGACCAAAGUCCAAAACUUUCUUUUACAAAUUUUAUUGGUCAUGUCCAUAAUCUGAUUUGUUAAAUACAAUAGGGUCAAAGCAGUGAAGAAAAUUUAAUGUACCAGUUUACUUAAAUAAUAAAGGAAAAAUGAGACAUCCACCCAAACGUAGCUAAGUGCUACGAAGGAAACCCAUACGGGUUCCUCGAUAGAAAAGCUUCGCAGUUGAAUAAAAAUUGGUCCGGGACUCGAACCUGGGGCAGCCGCUCUAUCAUCUGAGCUAACCAGGCGGCUAGCAGAUGGCAGGCAAAGUCGAAUUUAUCAACAACUCAGAAGCAAAGGUAAGAGUUCGCCUGCCAUCUGCUAGCAGCCUGGUUAGCUCAGAUGGUAGAGCGGCUGCCCCGGAAAGGCGGUGGUCCCGGGUUCGAGUCCCAGACCACAACGAAUUUUUCUUCAACUGCGAAGCUUUUUUUUUCGAGGAACCCGUAUGGGUUUCCUCUGUAGCACUUAGCUACGUUUGGGUGGAUGUCUCAUUUUCCCUUUAUUAAUUCUCUCCACCUUGCGGGUUUCCGUAGAACUAUUACGUCAGUUUACUUAAUGAAUAAAUGAAAUUUGUUUCACACUGGUA